AUGACUCGCCAGAAAGUUUGCACAGAGCUACCGACGAGUGAUCUGGACGUCAAUACCGAUGCACAGGAUGCAACCGAUUUCAUCUUGUCCGAGUAUUGCGCAAAAUCGGACACCGAGAUGGAUGAUAUUCUCGGCACUAAGAGCACCUCCGAGAAAGAAAUUGUAUUCACUUGA